GCUCUACAUGCAUCUGACCAACUACUCAGUCAACAAACACAAUGAGAACUUUGAGCGAGACGAGACGGUGGAUAAAGGCAGCAAGAGAUCCAUCAGGUGGUUCACCGAGUUCCUCCGCACCAACGACUACGAUGUGGCCAAGUUCUGGGGAGACAUCUCGGAGCUGGUGGUGAAGACGUUGAUAGUGGCUGAACCCCACGUGCUGCACGCCUAUCGCAUGUGUCGCCCCGGCCAGCCACCAGGGAGCGACAGCGUCUGCUUUGAGGUCCUGGGCUUUGACAUCAUCCUGGACCGCAAACUCAAACCCUGGCUACUGGAGUCAGAAAAAGGAAGGCUGCAGUCUGUGCAGUCUCACCUGUCUAUGCUGGUGCUAAAGUGACAGCGGCACCUAAACUGAAGUAAUGUGGCAUCAGCAGGAGAGAAGGAGACGUUGCCCCGCACUGACAGAAAGCAUAAACACACACUGAUUUUGCUUACACACUCUCGUCCCUGGUGCACAGAAACACACACAAACACCCGCGCAGUCUCAAGUAUGUAUUUAUGCACCUCUGAACACAAACAGACACAUUUACCAUGUAAAAUGAAAAGGACGUACACAGCCGCAAACAUGCACGCACAA